AUGAAGAUCGCUUACGUCCUCGCUGCUCUGGCUUCCACCGCCGUUGGUGCCCCCGUCCUCGACAACCGUGGACUCAUUGAUGGCUUGCUCGGUGGCCUGCUCGGCAAGUUGCCCGUUGUCUCCGACCUCGGUGGCCUCCUCGGCCUCGUCGGUGGCUCUCCCAGCAGCCUUGGUAGCAGCAGCAGCUUGCCCCUGGGUAACCUCCUCGGCGGUUUGACCGGAGCCGCCAGCAGCGCUUCUGGCGUCAUCCCCUCGGGAGUUCCCACUCCUUCGACUGGAGCCGUUCCCUCUAGUGUCCCCAGCGUUGGUGGCAGCAAUGGCAAGCUCGUCCAAGACCUUGCUCCUCAGCUGAACAACAUCCUCACCGUGACCGGCCCCAACGUCGGUACCCUCCUCAUCGAGCUCUCCCCUGAGGUCACCGCUCUCCUCACCGGUCUUGGUCUCCCCGGCCUUGGUGCCCCCCUCGGUAGCAUCGUUGCCUCUGCUUCUGGCCUCGGCGAGCUCAUCAAGGAUCUCGGUCCCCAGGUCGAGGGCCUUGUUACCGUCGUCGGCGCGGACACCGGUGCUCUCCUCAUCUCUCUCUCGCCCUCCGUCGCCGGUCUCCUCACCGGCCUCGGCCUCCCUGGCGUUGGUGUCCCCGUCGGUACCAUCGUUGCUAUCGUUGGCACCAAACUGUAA